UAUCACUUUAUCUUUCCCUUACCCUUUCCCUUUUCCUUCUCUUUCUCUCUAGAAAAGCAGCAACAAUUCUCCUAAAACCCUCUCCUUAAUCACUUCCCCAUUAUUCCCAAAAAGUUUUCUUUCUUUCUUUCUUUCUUUCUUUCAUAACAGGAGAUUUUUGGGACAAGUGGAAGCUCUUUAUUGGUGGGAUUUCAGGUGAUUUUUGAGUUAAUAGUUUGUUUGUCUAAUUUUUGGGGACACGGUCGUAUUUUUCACCAAACCAAACCAUAACAAUGUUUGGAAUUGACAUGUAGUUAUAAGUUUAACAAAGAAAGAGGCUUUUUUAGUUGGAAGGAAUAGAAUGGUUUCCUUGUUUGAGUCUCUCGCUCCAUACUUGAUCACUCUCAUAGUUCUUAUCCUAUCGAUUGAGCAAAUCCUGUACCUCGUAAAGAAGGGUUCGAUUCCGGGUCCACUGAUUGUCCCACCAUUCGUUGGAAACGCCGUCGCAUUGGUCCGUGACCCCACUCGCUUCUGGGACAGCCAAUCCCACGUCGCCAAAUCCUCCGGUCUUGGCUUCUGUGCCAACUACAUCAUCGGUAGAUUCAUCGUCUUUAUCAGGGACACCGAUCUCUCUCACAAGGUCUUCGCCAAUGUCAGGCCCGACGCUUUUGCCCUCAUCGGACACCCUUUUGGGAAAAAGCUCUUCGGUGAACACAAUCUCAUCUAUAUGACCGGUCAGGAUCACAAGGAUCUCCGCCGUCGGAUGGCUCCCAACUUCAGCCCCAGAGCUCUCUCCAUCUACACUGCACUGCAACAAAUUAUCAUCCUCGACCACCUCAAGAAAUGGGAGGCACUCUGUUCGGACUCGGGUCCGGCGCCGAUCCCUCUCCGUUUCUUGGCUCGUGACAUGAACCUCGAAACCUCGCAGACCGUGUUUGUUGGACCGUAUUUGGAACACCAAGCCCGUGAGGUUUUCAAAGUUGACUAUAACUUUUUCAACGUCGGACUCAUGAAGCUCCCUAUUGAUCUCCCCGGUACGGCUUUUCGUAACGCGAGACUCGCCGUGAGCCGCCUUGUGCAGACUCUCGCUGGCUGCACGAAGCGAAGCCGCGAGAGAAUGCUGCGGCGGGGAGAGGAGCCGACUUGUCUCGUCGAUUUUUGGAUGCAGGAGACUUUGAAUGAGAUAGCUACGGCGGCCGAAGCUGGAACUGCCGAGCCGGAAAAUGUCGGCGACGUCGAUAUCGGCUCUUACCUCUUUGACUUCCUCUUCGCAUCCCAAGAUGCUUCGACCUCGUCGGUUCUCUGGGCAGUGGCGUUGCUCGACUCUCACCCCGAUGUUCUCCGACGAGUUCGAGACGAGGUGUCGGGAAUAUGGACACCGGAAUCAGACUCGCUCAUCACAGGGGAGAUGUUGUCACAGAUGAAAUACACUCAGGCGGUUGCGCGCGAGGUGGUUCGGUACAGAGCUCCAGCAACUCUUGUCCCGCACAUCGCAACUGUUGACUUUCCGUUGACGGAGUCAUACACGAUUCCAAAGGGCACGAUUGUGUUCCCGUCCACUUACGAGUCGUGCUUUCAAGGGUUCACCAACGCAGAUCGGUUCGACCCGGACCGGUUCUCGGAGGAGAGGCAGGAGGACCGGGUUUACAAGCGAAACUACCUAGCUUUCGGAGCUGGGCCCCACCAAUGCGUGGGGCAGAGGUACGCCAUGAACCACUUGGUGUUGUUCAUCGCCAUGUUUUGUACGUUGUUGGAUUUCAAGAGGCACAGAACGGACGGCUGCGAUGAGAUCGUGUACGUCCCUACCAUUUGUCCCAAGGACGAUUGCAUGGUCUUCCUCAGCCGCCGGUGCCAACGUUAUCCUAAUCUCUUUCCUCGUCUUUGAUCUUUAAUUAAUCCAAAUCCAUCGGAUCGGAUGUAGUGGUUGUCGUUGUAGUUUUCUCGAUUAGGGAAGGGUAAAAUGGCCAUUGUGGGUUCGGUCGGUCUUGGUCCUGAUCCUUUAUUUAUUCAAGUGUUGGUCGGUCAUAUACAGCUAGGAUUCUUUGGAGAAUUGUUUUUGGCUCAUUGUUUGGUGGAUAAUUGGGGAGUGUGUGUUGUGGUGGAACAAAAUAUAUAUUAAUAAAAAUAAAAAUAAAAAGUUGAGUAUUGCUUCUAUUUU